UGGGGGUAGAAGGAAAGAAAAUCAAGCCAAGUUCCCUAUGUGUGUGUAUCUGACUUUUCAGUAAAAUUGUCAGAUUGGGUGCUUUUCUUUUUCCUUUGCCUCUGGGUCUGUGAAUCUCGACUAGGCAGAAUAGGUCCAGGUGCCAUAGCUUCUGUUGAACCUCUGGGAAGUUUACGAUUUUCCUAUCCUGGCUGUAGUAGCUUUCGUUGGCGUUGACUGUCAUUACAAAAUAAGUAGCAGAAGCUGCAGCUCAGCUGGAGAAGUCCAAAUGGGUGUUAUUUUAGAUACUAGCUCCAGGUCUGCCCAGCCAGCAAGGACAGGGCUUACCUGAAUUUGAAGCCCAUUUGCAAUAUGGUGCCUGAUCAUAAAUGCAACCAAGUAGGUAACUUCAGUAGAAAGCAUCCGCUUCCUGCUGAUGAGGAAUUGUUGAUUACUGUGAGCUGCUUGCUUAGCCCAAGAAAGCUUCAGCCCAUUCUAGAGGUUACAAAAUCUUUAAGAGAGACAAACUUGGUACCUUGCUAGGAAAAAUACCUUUAUGAAAAUGAAUAAAAAGAGGCAGCGCUAGGACUUUUCGUCCUUCCCAAUGGAAAGGCAGAGAAAAUGCGGCUUUCUGUUCUGAACCAUCAAUGUCCUCCUGGUACAGGUGUUGUCAAGACAGAGCCUCUAAACUUCUGCAGUUGUCUUUUGGGCUCCUUGGGACAUUCCUAUAAUGGCCUCACAUGAAAUGCUGAUGAGCAGAGUCCCUUCUGGGCAAGUACUUAGCAGGUACAGUGGAGAAACAAAAACUUAGGAAGCCAAUUUCAGGUCAUCCUCGUGUUCCUGACUGUAGGUGGGUGUCCACUGAAGCAAUAACUUCAGCCGCUGCCCCGGUCUUGCUCUGUUUGAACUCUCCAAAAAGUUAUGGAAUAGGGUGACUGACUGUGCCAACAGUCAUGCUAAAACCUUCAAGCAGUGUUCAUCGUGACUCAUUUCCAGCAUGCCUUGGAUAGGAGGGCAAAUGUCCUUGGCUUGGCUUAUCCGAACCCAAAACUUUCUCGAGGGAGGUCAUCCGAGUUCUGUGGUUAACACCCUCCUGGGAGACACUGACUUCCAGAGGAGGCCAGAAGGCUGUUGCUCCAGCUGCCUUUCCAGGGGUAUCUUGGAAGUCACUUUCUCUUUAGUUUUCAGCAUAUGUGCCUCUCCUUCUCACUAUGUUAACUGGACGAUGCCAGCUUCUGUGAUGAAGACUUGCUUGUGCGCCUCUCAAGGCUGGAAAACAACCUGAUGUCUUCAUGCAGCUUAGGAAAAUAUUUCCCAUUCCAACUGAGUCGGAAAUAUUUUUUCAUCAUAGUCUGCAGGUCAAGGGAUACAGGAUAGACUACAGAUACCUACCUUUUGGUUUUAAUUUAUUUAUUUUUCCUUUCUGCAGAUGCCUUCCAACUUUUGACUGGGUUGGUUUAUCUCAUCUGAAGUAUUAAAUCAGGUGAAAUUCAUAAGGAAGCUAAAGCAAAUGCCAUAUUAUCUAGCACAAUCGUGUUGGUAUUUCUUCAGUCUGAGUUCUAGCCACAAACUCUGUGCAGGAUGUGUCUAGGGAGAUCACCGUUGGCAGCGAACAUGCCCACACCUGAGUUCGGAGAAGUCCUAGCUAGCUAGUGGCAGAAACAGAUUUGCAGAUGCUACUGAGAGGAGUGGGAGAGACUGCUGACUCGUGCUGAGCAUCCUCUGGACAGGACCAAGGUGGAGGUUGGUUUGGCACAGAAUGGUUCGAUCUUGCCGAUUCAGACUCAACUCAGCCUCUUUGAUUCUCCUUGAAGCCAAACCACUUUUGAAACCCAACCUGCCGUACAAUUUCCACAGCCCCAGGGGAGUUUGGGGAAGCAAAGAGCAGGGGAGCAUGGUUAAGAGAGCGGACGCAGUGGUUAUAAAAAGCUCACAGACCUUAAAGUUCAGGAAGAGCCACUGCCAAAUGUGACCUGCAAACCGUAGGCUGGAGAGGCGGAUGCCUCUAAGUGUGACAGGAUAAAGUGACACGAAAUGACUAGGAUGAAAGCAGCCGGCAUCUCUUCAGCUGCGAUCCAGUGUCAGAGAAGGAGUUGGCAGGAGGACCUUGCCGAGCCAACGUCGCUUUGCGUGGGACUACAUUUGGCAGCGCUGUGGCUGGGUGACUUGGCAGCAAGUUACUUGAAUUGCUGUGCCGACACUUUCAUAAUUAAGGUCUUGUGCGCGAAAGGGAGGCAUGCAGCAGCUCACGGCGCUUGGGGAAGCUGUGCAGGGCUAAAAUUAGCCUUUUAUUAUUAUUAUUACUAUUAUGGACUUGAGCUGGAGCGGGUAUAAGGGAAAGAUCAGUGAUACUGGGGAAAAGAUUCACCCUGAUGCUUCAUCAUGAAUGACAUGGUGUUUUUUGUGGGAGAUGAUUGACCAGAUCAUGUGUGUGGCAACGUAGGAAGCUCAGAUUGCCGUGACGUAGAAAAGGGCACAAGAUGAGGUUGCAACACAUUUUCUUCCAGCAGAGUGAAAAACGCUUCCUCUCUUUCUAAAUUAAAAAAAAAGAGAAGGAAAAACUGUAUUAUUCUCAGCAGUCUGCUGUCCUACAUGUUUCGCCUUUGCUGCUGUCUGGUUUUUAGAGACCAAUUCAUCUUAUUUAAGAAUAAAACGGGGAUUUACGUGCUGGUGCAAACUCUGAUCUUCCUUUCAGAGGAACUAUCAUUAUUCGGAUAAUUUGCUCCUCUCAGCUUAUUUUUCCUAGAAAAAUGGAAUUGGCUGAUGUAACCCAGUCUCACCCACUCAUCUUUUUCCAUGUGGCGCUCAAGGGGUCCAACUCCAUUUUCUAUUUCUGCCAACAGUGACAUGCUGUACUUAGAGCAGUUUUUAUAUUCUCGACAGUCCUGUACUCACUGGUUUGAAAGCAGGAAAAGCCACUUUGAAAUGUGUUGGCAAAUGCUACUGGUGUGCGUUACCCUAGGUAGAGCAAGGUAGCACUCUAGUUGCUUUUUUUAUUUACUAUAUUGGAGCAAGACUGUAUCGGGGCUAUAAGAUAGCUGCACUUACACUUCAUCUCCUGUGGCUGUUGGAGAUGGGGAAGCCCACAUCCCAAGUAGCUGAUGUUCCUCAGGUCCUCAUGAUGAAUGCACGAGUAAUAUGAACCUUCUCCAAACUCUUCUUUGAGAAGAUUCUUCCUUUUGCCUGCAUAGCCCACAAGCAGUUCUCCUCUGCUUGUGCUGCCCGCAAUCCCCUGCCAGAAAAACUGCUCCGUUUUUGCCAUUUUUUGUACUACAGCUUCCCUGUCUCCUGUUCUCAGACAUGGAGGUCAUGUUCUCCUGGUCCUGUUUCCCAUCUUGGAGCUGCUACUGUCAGACCUUCUCUGUGGGACCAGAAGAGGAGCUUUCCCAUUGCAUGCUAACUGCCAGCCAUGGAGACCCCGGAUAGGACUUUGAAAUGCUGCUGUCUGGUGACUUGCAAUAGUUAAGAUAAGAUACCCAGAAAUAACCUUUCUCUCUCAAUGUUAUCACCAAGAUGCGAGAUAUAUACGUAAUGGGGGUAUGCUCAACACCUGGAGGAAAAGCUGGGCUAUCUGCAAGAAAGCAAAAGGCAGAAGAUAGGAACCAGCUGAGACACGAGAAUAUUUAUUUAAAAGCUUUUAUCAAAAUAUUAGUAUACUCCCUCCUGCAGGUAAGAAUAAGAAGAGGCAAACCUGAACUAUUCAGCAGCCACGCACAAAGCUCUUGCACAACAAGGGAAAUAAGGUGAAACGUGAUGGAAGAAGCCCUUGGUGGGGAACGUGGACUCACGGUGACAGAACAAUAGUGUUUGGAGUGGGCUGCAGAGGAGAGAGGAAAAUGUUCUCCCUACAUAGUCAUUGCAGGCUCUUCCAGGAGAAAUGGUGUUUGCUACUCAGGCAAUGGUCAAGGCAUUUAGGGGCAGACGUGGUAGAAGCCUUAAAAUCUGAAGUUGUGCAUGUUUUGGUGGACUUGUGGCUUCAGCCAGUGGAAGGGGGCAUGAUCAAACAGAUGGAUCAGCCGCAACGCCGACAGAGGCUGGCUCAUUCAGACGGGACAGUCAUUCUUCCUUUUGAGCCGCCAGUUGUGUGGGAGAGGGGAGGAUCAUGACUGAUGCGGUGGGUGGACCUUAGGGUGGAGGAGGAAGACAUGGAGCACAUGCUAGGACAUCAUAAAUAGUCACCCAUGGGUGAUGCCUCCAGGACAGGGCUCAUCUGAGGGGUGGAUGCUGCUGGCUCCACGUGGCAUCACUUCUAGCCCCUUCCUCUCCUCCUCUUCCUCCCCAUCCUCUUGCAGGGUGGCCAUGUGUGUGGGGAAAUGCAGCCGGAUCGUGGGUCCCUGUCUGCUGGCACUGGGCAUGCUCUCUGUGGCAGCCAACAUCCUCCUGCUCUUCCCUGGCGGGACAUCAAAGUACCUGGUGGAGGGGCACAUCAGCAAGCAAGCCAAGGUCAUGCCAGGUGUCUGGGGAGGCGGCAUCACCGUGCUGCUGGCAGCGACCCAUAUCACGGCGGUGGGGUGGCAAUGUGCUGGCUGCUCCGACUGCGGCACCCGUCGCAACGCUUUCAUCUCUGCUGUGCUCUCCAAGCUGGCACUUCUGGGUGCUGCCGCCUGCUUCGUCCUCUCCGGCGUGGGUUUGACCGAUGGACCCCUCUGCUUCUACAAUGCCUCCGAGCAUGGCCGCGGGCACGGCAUCCUCUGGGAUUACCCCUUCCUAGACGCCGGUGGCAAGGAGCCUGACACCAGGGCACAGAAUUACCUGUAUGAUCGUCACACCUGGAGCACCUGCCUGGAGCCGGAGGGCAUUGUGGCCUGGAAUGUUGUCCUCUUCUCCCUCCUGCUGCUUGUCAGUGCCACUGAGAUGGUGCUGGCCUCCCUCCAGAUCCUCAACGGCUGCCUUGGGUGCCUCUGCGGCUUUUGUGAGGGGAAGUAGGGACCUGUGACGCUGCCAGGAAGAUGGCACUUGGAGGAGGUAUCAGCCCCGGGUGUCCCUUGGCUGGUGGCAAAUGCUGUAGCAGGGAUAGGGCAGGAACUGUGACACCAGCCCAGUACAAGAGCCCUGUGCAAGAUGGACAGAGUUGCCCACAGGGGACAGACAUCCCAGCCUGCGUGAGUUGUUGAAGCAAUGGGCGUGGGGUCGGUGUGCAAAGGGCUGCCUCCAUGCAGAGCCCUCCGCCUGGGCGAUACCUCUUCCUCCUCCCUGGAGCAGAUGCCCUUGGGGCUGGCAGCCAUUUGGGGAUGGAAAUGAGCCCAGUGAGCGAUGGAGGUGAGGACCUGGCUCCUGGCAUCCCAACACGAGCCCAAUGGCUCCCCUGGCCGUUACUCAUCAGCUUCCACCCGCCCAAGUGCAAAAUGUGACACGAUGGUAUUUGUAGAGACAAGAGCUGGAACACUAACUUAUUUUCAUUAAUCAGUCUGUAUUUAGGGCAGCUUGCAUUGGUGUUUGUCUCCGGCGCCGGGCAGGAGAGGUGAAGGAGACUGGAGGAGCCAAGCCAGGCUCUGGCUGGGGCUGUGGGGCUUGGAUGGAGUCGUGCUGGGGGAAGUAGUGCUGGAAUUGAGGUGUAGCUCCCCUGAAGUUCACCCAUACGCACACAUAUGCAUGCAGCAAAUGUUAGGAGCCCCGCACUCAUCCCCACCGGCCCAGGACCUCCAUCGCACCACCCACCGCUGCACUCGCAGGGGGUGUCACUGGCUUCAGCGCGUCCCCCAUCCCUGUGCCCUCAUCCCCUAAUCCUUCACAGGGACCAAGCAUGGGUACAGACCUGAACCUGCCUGCGCUGGGAGGAUGUUUGCCACAAAACUGAUAAGGUUCGGAGGAAAGUAGCAAUGUCCAGGGUAGCUUAAAAAAAAACCCACAAACAAUCAGCCAGAUUAAACAGUAACAGGGCAACUGUUGUGGUUUAACCCCAGCCGGUAACUAAGCACUACACAGCCAUUCAUUCACCCUCCUCCCCAGCAGAAUGGAGGGAAGAGAAAUGGAAGGGUAAAAGUGAGAAAACUCGUGGGUUGAGAUAAGAAGAGUUUAAUAAUUGAAAAAAAAAAAAAAAAGGAAAGUAA